AUGGGUAACCAGCAGUCCAACAUCCCCCCCGGUGGCGAUGGAAGAGAUGAGAAGGACAAGAAGCUUCGUUUUCAGAAGGAUAAGCCCAGAUAUGAGCCUCCUCCCCCGCCGACGACCCGUGUUGGUCGCAAGAAGCGCAAGGCUGCCGGCCCAAGCACCGCUUCCAAACUUCCCGAUAUCUUCCCAACGUCACGUUGUAAAUUACGAUAUUUACGAAUGCAACGCGUGCACGACCACCUGCUGUUAGAGGAAGAAUACGUUGAGAACAUGGAGCGUCUACGGAAGGCCAAAGCGCAGGCAACACAGGAUGCAAACCGCGGGGAGUUCGAUAUCAUGGACCGCAACGCUGACGAAAGAGGCCGAGUCGAUGACAUGAGAGGUACCCCGAUGGGUGUUGGAAACCUGGAGGAGCUUAUCGACGACGACCAUGCGAUCGUCUCGAGUGCCACUGGUCCCGAAUACUAUGUGUCUAUCAUGUCGUUCGUGGACAAGGAUCUUCUCGAGCCCGGUGCCAGCAUUCUCCUGCAUCACAAGUCGGUGUCCGUGGUUGGUGUAUUGACCGAGGAGUCGGACCCACUCGUGUCGGUCAUGAAGCUCGACAAAGCCCCCACUGAGUCGUAUGCGGACAUUGGUGGUUUGGAGACACAGAUCCAGGAAGUUCGGGAGUCUGUCGAACUUCCCCUGCUUCACCCCGAGUUGUACGAGGAGAUGGGUAUCAAGCCACCCAAAGGUGUUAUCCUUUACGGCGCUCCCGGUACCGGAAAGACCCUGCUCGCCAAGGCAGUUGCCAACCAAACCAGCGCUACUUUCCUUCGUAUCGUUGGAAGUGAACUGAUUCAGAAAUACCUUGGUGACGGUCCUCGCUUGGUGCGACAGAUCUUCCAGGUCGCCGCGGAACACGCACCUUCCAUCGUUUUUAUCGAUGAGAUUGAUGCCAUCGGUACGAAACGUUAUGACUCCACUUCGGGUGGUGAGCGUGAGAUUCAGCGAACCAUGCUUGAACUGUUGAACCAGCUCGAUGGUUUCGAUGACCGUGGUGACGUUAAGGUUAUCAUGGCCACGAACAAGAUCGAAACUCUGGAUCCGGCUUUGAUCCGUCCCGGACGUAUCGAUCGUAAGAUCCUCUUCGAGAACCCUGAUCAAAACACCAAGAAGAAGAUCUUCACCCUGCACACCUCGAAGAUGUCCCUUGGAGACGAUGUUGACCUGGAUGAGUUCAUCAACCAGAAGGAUGACCUGUCUGGAGCCGAUAUUCGGGCGAUUUGCACAGAAGCCGGUCUGAUGGCACUGAGAGAGCGUCGGAUGCGCGUGCAGAUGGAGGACUUCCGUGCAGCUCGCGAGCGGAUCAUGAAGACGAAGCAGGACGGAGGCCCUGUGGAGGGACUGUACUUGUAA